AUGAAGCCUGGUACUAGAUCCAACAUCUUAAACAUGCCAUACGAAAAGCCCAAAUUUAUGAGCAUAGAACAAAUGUUUGAUUUUAACUAUUCACUGCGAGAUCGAGGGACGGAUUCUGACAAUGAUUCCGAGGAUUCCAAAAGUAGUUUUGAUUUCAAUGCACGGGGGGACAACAUAUUUACCGAAGAUGAGGAAGAAGGCGAUAUCAUGGGGGUUGAACCCCCGACUCCUAUUGUUUCUGGAACUGAAGUUUUUACACAGGUGGAUCCUAAAGACCUUCAAAGUAAAAUAAUCAAUGCAGUCAACGCGAUUGACAUUUAUGAAAUAUUCCAGACACCUAAAUCCUCAUCAAAACUUCUGGCUGAAAUAAGUCACCAAGUAUUGAGCAUUUUUAACAAAAGCCCGCUAGAGCUUAUUCCUGAAAAGGUUAUGCUAAAUGAACAAUUAAAAAGGAAAGCCCAGUUAUAUCUACUGCCAGAUAACAAUGAGUUAUUUGCAACUUAUGGAGAUUUGGGAGAAACAGGGUUUAAUAUCUUAAAAGAUUAUCUGGCAUCCAAAUAUCAGUACAGUGAUUUGAUAAGAGAAAAAACCAAGCUGGUACAGAUUUGGGAAAACAAAUCUUUCAUGGACCCUGCGCCGUACCUAUGGUGGUGGUCAUUGUUUUGUACCAAUGUUGUUUUUCAUAUAUUUUGUCUUGAAGUCAAUGUUCAUCUUAUUAGGCAAUUGAAAAGCCCUCAGGAUGUUUCUCUAGACGAUGCUUAUGACAUUGUUCGCAACAAAUCUUUACAGAAUGAAUCGGAUACAGAUCCUGACGUCGAGAGUAAUGGACUUCCAAGCAAAAGACGUAAGCAAAAUUAG